AUCUAUUGACUAUAUAUACAAUAACACUUCAUUGUUUUAAAGCAACCUUGAGUCUUAAGAAUUUUAUUGAAUUCAUCUCUCUCUUUCUUUCUCAACCCAAAAUAUUAUUUUCACCCCAAAGAUCAAAGCUCUUCAUGGCCGUUCGUCUAGUUCCGACCAUCUGGCUCUUCAUAGUCUUCGCCAUCAUCGUCUCAGCCUUGCCCUCGCCGGUUUCUUCAAGAAAGAUGUUGGAGAUCAAGAAACAAGAAAUCUUGACGGUGCGAGAGGAAGAGAAGAGUCACAUGCCUCACGUGACCAAAACUAGUACCUUAAGUGCUCUACCAAAGGGUAAAAUUCCCAACUCAACGCCGAGCAAAAAGGGUCACGCCGCCGUCUUAGCCGGAAAGCUCCGAUCUCGACAUCUCUCCACCGUUGAUCGGUUUCUCCGAUCCGUUCCUAGUCCCGGUGUUGGCCACUGAUAGGAUCCGCUAGAUUCAUAUUUCUUUUUUGUUUUUUUUUUUCUUCCAUUUAGUACAUUCUUUUAUUCUAAUUAUAAUACGAAAUUUCCUACAAGGUAUACCUUUGGCUUUGUUUUUAGAAUUAUUUUUUCAGGUUACUACAAUUAUACUUAUGUAAAUUAGUCAAAAGUUUAUUGUCUUCCAUAUCACACGAGGUUUAAUAUCCCAUCUUGUAAUUAAUUAAUGUUACUCAUUUUAUAACAAGUCGAAUCUUACUGGCUGAGGUUAGUGAU